UCAAGGCAGAGGGGUGGGCAGCUUGGCUCUCUCCUCCUGUGGCUUUUUUCUGUGUCAGUUUCAGGAGUCCUGAGCCUGAGCUAAACAAAAGCAGGAGGCAGAGGGGGCUGCUGGAGUUUGCAGAGACAGAGAGAAAAGGGAGGGUAUUUUGCUUGCUUUGCUGCUGCUGGGGUGGGGGAAGAGCUCUGGCUUUUGCAAGAAGAAGGGGAGAGGAAAAAAGAAAGAAAGCAAACCAGCCCACCCCCUUUGAGAUCGCUCUGGCUGUGGCUGGAGGGGGGUGGGGGAAAGUUUGCCUUGCAACCCUCCUUCGCCCCUGCCUUCCCCAGAUCAAUGCCUAUUUGCAAAAGGAUUAAGAGGCAGAUUUAAAGGCUGAUAGCUCAUUUCUGCGAUUGCAAAAGGAGCCCGGGACUAAGAAAGCAGCCAGAAUCAAGCUCUGAUCCUCCCCCUCAAGUGGCAAGGAGCUUUAUUUUUCUUGCUUUUUGGAGUCACCCUCCUCCCCCUCCCCACCCCCCGAGUCCCCUUCCCCCCUCCCUUCAAGAAGCAACGGGAUCCCCCUCCCCCCUUUCUCGUUUUGCCUUUUUUUUUUUUUUUUUUAAUUUCCUCCUCCCGAGAAGAAGGAUUUGGAGCCAGCGUGAAGGAUAAAAAGCCUGGUUUCUCCCUAGGAGGCGCGCCGAAGGAGCAGGAGGGAGAAGGAAGGAGAAAAGGGACUGCUGCUGCUAGCUUGGGCGAUGGACGAUCAACCCAGGUUGAUGCAUUCCCAUGCUGGGGUGGGGAUGGCAGGACAUCCCGGCCUGUCCCAACACAUGCAGGAUGGAGCAGGAGGGACAGAGGGCGAGGGAGGCAGGAAACAAGACAUUGGAGACAUUUUACAGCAGAUCAUGACCAUCACAGAUCAGAGUUUGGAUGAGGCACAAGCCAGGAAACAUGCUUUAAACUGUCACAGAAUGAAGCCGGCCCUUUUUAACGUCUUGUGUGAAAUCAAAGAAAAAACAGUCCUGAGUAUCCGGGGAGCCCAGGAAGAAGAGCCCACAGACCCGCAGCUGAUGCGACUGGACAACAUGCUCUUGGCAGAGGGCGUGGCAGGGCCUGAGAAAGGAGGGGGCUCAGCGGCGGCUGCGGCCGCCGCUGCAGCAUCCGGAGGGGCUGGCUCAGACAAUUCUGUGGAGCAUUCUGACUACAGAGCUAAACUCUCGCAGAUCCGACAGAUCUACCACACGGAGCUGGAGAAAUACGAACAGGCGUGCAACGAAUUCACCACCCACGUGAUGAACCUCCUGCGCGAGCAGAGCCGGACCCGGCCCAUCUCGCCAAAGGAGAUUGAGCGGAUGGUCAGCAUCAUCCACCGCAAAUUCAGCUCCAUCCAGAUGCAGCUCAAGCAGAGCACGUGUGAAGCCGUCAUGAUCCUGCGUUCCCGAUUUCUAGAUGCGCGGCGGAAGAGACGAAACUUCAACAAGCAGGCUACGGAAAUCCUGAAUGAGUAUUUCUAUUCCCAUCUCAGCAACCCUUACCCUAGUGAGGAAGCCAAAGAAGAGCUAGCCAAGAAGUGCGGCAUCACAGUCUCACAGGUAUCAAACUGGUUUGGAAAUAAGCGAAUCCGGUACAAGAAGAACAUAGGUAAAUUUCAAGAGGAAGCCAAUAUUUAUGCUGCCAAAACGGCUGUCACUGCUACAAAUGUGUCAGCCCAUGGAAGCCAAGCUAACUCACCCUCAACUCCCAAUUCAGCUGGUUCUUCCAGUUCUUUUAACAUGUCAAACUCUGGAGAUUUGUUCAUGAGCGUGCAGUCACUCAAUGGGGAUUCUUACCAAGGGGCCCAGGUUGGAGCCAACGUGCAGUCACAGGUGGAUACCCUUCGCCAUGUUAUCAGCCAGACAGGAGGAUACAAUGACGGGCUCGCAGCAAGUCAGAUGUAUAGUCCGCAGGGCAUCAGUGCUAAUGGAGGUUGGCAAGAUGCUACUACCCCCUCCUCAGUGACCUCCCCCACAGAAGGCCCUGGCAGCGUCCACUCUGAUACCUCCAACUGAUCGCCCAGCAAAUCGCAUCCCUGGCUGACCCCGGCCCCACUUGGGGCCGGGGGUGGGAGGGGAGGGUGCUCUCCUGACACUGAAGCAGUCAGACUGGAGGUGGAACCAAUCGGCUAAACACAAGAAGAGUCGCCUUCUCUUCUCUUCGUCGGGAUGCUUUUUUCAGCCAAUCUGGACACUUCUUUAUACUCUUUUCCCUUUCUUUUCUGGGCAGAAGCCACCUCUCCUCUCACCACCAUCCCCUCCCCAACCUUUUCCCUGAAGGAUAUUUUCAACAGUUAGAAGAAUUUAAAGAGGAAAAACAAACAAACCAACAACAACAACAAAAGCAUCUGUCCAUUUCCAUGCUGGUGUUUUGAAGAGCCAAAAUUUACCUCACUCCUUUGCUAACAGGCAACCCACCUCCUUCAGCUUCUCUUGCGCUCACACUACCUCUUAGCAGGAAUACUUCACAUCCGCUCUCUCUUCUGCUGCUGCUUCACCACUCUUCCGGUUCUGGGGACAGAGCUAGCAGGACGCUUUUCUUUUCCGAAGUGAUCCCAAAACCUCAGUGAGUCAUCCCCAGGGCAUUUCCAGUGACAGGGCAGAUAAAUGCAUUCCCAGUGCUGCUGGGCGUGUAGGAAAAAGGAGCAAAAAUCCUCUGCUGAGGCUCUCCUCACUUUCAAAAGGUACCAGGACAUUGUGCUUGCAAACAGGUGUAAAUAUCAAACGCUAACCCUUCCCUCUGCCACCGUGCUUUGCCUCAGACCCCAAACACAAGCCGUUCAGCUCUGCAGCAAACACACCCGGCCUUUGCGAGUGUGCGAGGGAACCAAAAUUAGCCAGUAGCCUUUGCAUCAUGGUACUUCUAGGAAGGAAACAGCAGAGAGCAGUGAGUGAGAAACUGUGGGCAUCUGUAAUGCUAACACUUAGCACUCAUAUAGUUUUACCCGAUCAUAGCACUGCAGAAACAGCGGCGAGCAAUUGAUGGAGAUGGGGCCAAUUUGCACAACACUUAUGUCUGUAGUGUCUUUUCUUGUUAGCACCGAGAGUGUUGCACUGGGUUUGAAAAGCAAGCCAGGCCUGGCUCGUGUUGUGUUCUGAGGGGGUGUGCAUGCCUACCUGCUGGGGAACUGGAUGGGCCCUGGGGUGCCCCUUCUGCAGGUACAGUGAGAAACAGGCACAUGUAUCCAUUGGUACAGUUUAGCCCUUAAAAGGUGUUCAGAUAGCAUCCUGUGAAUUAGCAGGCAUGAAUGUUCCUUAUAGCCAAGCAGAUAAGCAGUGAAGACAGAAGGGUGAGGGGAGAGAUGGAUGCACACACAGUCAAUACAUAAGUUGUAUGGACUGGAUACUUUCAGUAGCUAUUAAUAAACCAAGGCUGUUUUUGUCGGGGGGGGAAAUGCCCCAUAAACUAAAUAAUUUUCUAGUUUGGGGAUUUCUUUCAAAUUAAGGUUCUGGUUUCAGUCCGCACCUUUUUGUGAAUCUAAGACGUGACAUGAUAAGUACUAAAAUAAAUCAUGUGACAUUCCACCCAGCCAAUCAGCACCCAGGAUCUUCCAGCAUUUUGCAGCAGGAGGAUUUGCUCCCAGUGUUGGGUCUCCUGCAGGGCUUGGUCAGCUGUAGGGAGGAGAGGCUCCUGAUUGGCCGAGAAGGAGGCGGGGUUUAUUCUUGGUGGAACGUUCCAUUGCACACUAACAAAACAAAAUGAGAUAAGGAGGGAAGGAUGCAGCCAACUCUGACUUUUGCAACAGAGUUAAAAUAGAUUGAUCUUUGUCUUCAGCUGGAGGCCUCUCUGGUGUGCGGGUGGUAUUUCAAAUGGGUGAACACAAAGCAGGGCAGCUCUGGUGGCAAGCCCUCCUCAGCAGGAGGGCAGCCUGCAUUCAGAGUUCUGCUUGUGUGAUGGGAGGGAAUUACUGACUUUAAUGGGAGGGAUGAUAUGAAAAUAUGCCCAAUCUUCUCUUUUACGAACUACAGCCCUGAGCCUGAAAACACGUACAUGCAGCAGUCCCAUUGGCCUCAGUGGAUCUGCUCAUAAGCAUCAAGAUAGGCAUGUGUGAGAGUGUCUCAAAGUCUAAGUCUUAAGAAGAUCUCGGUGUGUGGGUUAAUUAUGCAUACUGAUCGCCAUGUGCUAAAUUGCAGAGCCAUGUGAUCAUCGGUAUCUAUCCAUGCACCUUUGAGCACAUCGUCUGCACUCUGGCCACUGACCUCCACUGGCCUUUUUUUUCCUCCCAAUUCCAGUAUUAGCGUAGUGCAAUUAUUGAACUGCUUCAAGUAGCCACCAUUUGAAAUCAAAGCUCUGCCAGAAAAAUAGCCAUCCCUCCACCGAAAAAGAUGUAGAUUGGUUUGAGGCCAGACAAGGGCAAUAAACAGUCCUGCAAGAGUUUAUGGACUUGGGAUACUGAGUCCCUGCAAAAGCUAGAAUUGGGAGCAUGAUUCUGUUGAAAUGGGAAGAUCCCAACUUACCAACAGGAUGUACAACACUUGCUAAUAACCCUGGGAGGCUCCAAGGUAUUGGCUGUGAAAUUUGUGACUAUUUUUUAAAUAGAUGAGCUAAUUUGGCUGGAUUGUGUAGGUUUCUAAAAUGUAGAUAUUUAGAUCUCCCUCCCACCCCUGAGUCUUGUACAGUUGGAUUCAGAGCUUUUUAGAAACUUGUACAAAAAAUGACCAAAAAAAUUCUCUCACUUUCUCCCGACCAUUUUCCAGUCAGCUGUGUGCUGAGACACCCAUGUUUAGAAGUGGAGGGAUACAAAAAAUAGUCCCAAUUAAAGUCCAACAUGUGAGCCCCCUUUACCCACAAUGGUAAGCAGUUACUCCCGCAAGUAGUCCCUGCAUUCUAGUUCAUUGUGGUUAUUCAUGUAGCUACUCACCAGUGGGAGUAAAUUGAACCAUUCGGUCCUAAGCAUUUAAAAAUUGUCUAGAUCAUCCCUACCUGGAAUGUAUAGGACACAUGAUGGGGCAGCAUGCUAUCCUUGGACUGACUGGGAUAGCGCAUGACGCUGCCAGUCGGGCAGCGUCCCAUCCCACGCCUGUGUCUAUAAAGCGUUUAUACUGCAUCCCGCCAUCACGUAUUCUCUCUCGCCUCGUAGCUAGAUGAUGAUAUACAAACACCAAAUCGCCCCCCAGCUGUUCUCCCAAUAUGGCAUCUUGGUGACAUCACAGCCUAGGGCCUCGGUCUAUCCAAGACCUUUAAACGCAUGCUUAACUUGAAGCAUGUGAGCAGUCCUGUUGAAGUCAGUGAUUUCAGUUGACAAAUGGGAGUGCUUAUUUAUGGGCUUACAGUUCAGCAUGUGCUUAAGUGCGUUGCUGGAGUGGGGUCUGUGGUCCAGAUCCUGUGACUGGCUCUAGGCAGAUGGACCUUCCCACCCUCCCACUGCCUGCAUGGUGCCUCAGUGAAAUGAAGAGGCCUCCAUGUAUGUGCAAGGGCCGUCUGCAGAGCCAGCUGUGAUGGUACCUUUUGAAAAUGAAUCAUUUGAGAAACAGAUUUAAAGCCAUGCCAACAUAAAGCAGCCUGCCCCUGGCGAUCCCUAGUCUGCUUGAGAAUCGAACUGCGUGCCAUCCACCUCCAGUGCAGCAGGGAUCAGUCCUCAGAAGCGGUUGGCUGGAGCUGCAUUUAUCCUCCUUGCAGUUAUCUCCCUGUCAUUCUCCCAUUCACCACGGCAUGACAUUGACUCCUUUAUGGUAUUUAACACGUCACGUUUUUUGGUUUCCUUUUUCGUUCCUUUUACAUUUGUUGUUGUUGUUGCUGACUGGUCGGUUGCCUUUUUCUCACAAACUUUGAAUUUUUUUUUUUCUUUUUUCUGCCCAGAAAAUCCUAACUUCGAUACCAAAAAAAACAAAAAAAACAAAAUGAAACAAAAAUUAAAAAAACAACAAAAAAAAACAAAAAAACCUGCAGAAAAUUUAAAAAAAAAAUUAAAACAAUAAAAAUUAAAAAAAAAAACCUUGAUGAUUCUUUCAGCUUUAUUAACAUUUUCCAUUGUUUCUUGCGAUUUGUGUCUUGUUCUUUGUAGCAUUGAUGAUAAUGAACAUUUGAUAAUGAAUGUUCUUGUAUAUUCAGAUAAAGGAAAAAAAACCAAAAAAGCAGUCUGAAUUUAAUAGUGUUUAUAAUAAAAAAAAAAUUUAAAAAUGACCCUCAUAGCACGCAAAAGUGAACGGGGAAGAAUUUCCACUCCAGUUCUUUCUGUGGCAAAAAGCGCUUCAUUCCUGUAUAGUUUAAAACACCAAACUACCUACAUUCAUCUUCUCUUUCAGUUUGGUUUUUUUCCAUGUUUUUUUUUUUUAAUUUUAUUUUAUUUUUAAUUUUCUCGCAUUUGUGAAUUAGUUCAAGAAUGCUAGAAAACUGUAGAGUUGUGCACACUCAUUUCCUCUUACACAAUGUUUAAAAAGUGACAGUAAUUCAUUUUGUAAAACUUAAAAAAAUUUUAAAAAAAGGGUUGGAAUAGUGAGCAUAAUAGGUACAUUCUAACACUUUAUGUUUAUUAACGUUGAGACCCAGUUAAUUACGUUUUCUUUUCGUUUGCCUUCCUUUUUUUUUUCCUUUCGGGGGCAAUUAUGAUGAUGAUGAUGAUUUUUAAAUUGUCCAGGACUAUGGCCUUGUAAACGUCCCUUCCUCCACUUUUGAUGUAUAUUCAAGGUGAUGUGAAAAGCUUAAUUGGCAAAAAUCCAUUUUUUUGGUUUGAUUUUUCUCAUGGAAUCCGGUCGGCUCUGAAAGGACUUCACCCUGUUCCUCCUCCCUGAAAAUUCAAAUACUGCCGAUCUUGGGCUCAGUUGCUCAAGUUCAGUGGAAGUUAUGAGCCUAAAUACCUUUGUAGAGAUGAACCUAAGUGCCAUGGUGUGGGCCAAGACGCUCAUCCUGCUAGGUGCAGGGACAAGACUUAGCUAUGGCCCCCAGUUCAGCAAACCACACCUACUUAGCAAAGCUUUUCAGCCUGUUCUUAAGUGCAGUUCGGGUCAACAGAGCACAUGGUGAAAGUUAAGCACUUGCUAAACAUUAGGAUGUUUCAAAGGAAUUUAAGGUUGUUCAGCUCCUAGAUCCCAUUGCAUCUCUGUCUUAGGUGCUGUUGAAAAUCCUAGGCUAAACUGCUUUGCUGAAUAGGGAUGGACUUCAUACUUAAAUGCUUUCCUGAAUCGGGGCCCCUGUGAAAUGCAAGUCUUAGGCUCUGAGCUCAACCCUUUCAAAUUUCGGAGUAGCAGCCGUGUUAGUCUGUAUCAGCAGAAAGAAUGAGGAGUACUUGUGGCACCUUAGAGACUAACACAUUUAUUUGAGCAUAAGCUUUCAUGAGCUACGGCUUCAUCAACUGUAGCAGGCCCAGCCUUUCACAGCACAGCUGGCAGUUUCUUUCCGUCUAUAAUUCUGAGCACUAUCAAAUGGUAGGGUUUUGCUUUCCUUUUCAUGACUGAUCCCAGCAAAAACGUGCUGCUUCUCCUAGGGCUUGAUCCAAACCUCAUUAAAGCCAAUGAAAGACUCCAGUGAACUUUGGAUCAGGUCUAAAAGCACUGGCCCAAAACACUGAUGUUUACAAAAAUAUCACUCCAGAACUUUGGCCAUUAUCAUGGAAUACAUCAAUAUUUUGAAUAAUUGGAUCCUCUUAUUCUGAUCACCUUGUUAGAAUUGGUGUGGAGUUUUUUGCCUCUCUAUUGUGUAUUGAAAAGCUUCCCCAUUUCCUCAUCACCUGAUCUAAACUCAAUUAGGACCUCAUCCAAAGCCUACUGAUGUCAAUGGAAAUACUUUUUCACACAACCUGUAAUUUAGACUCUGGAACUCAUUGCCACAGGAUGUCAUUGAGGCCAAGAAUAUAGCAAGAUUCAAAAAGGAGUUGAAGAUUUAUAUGGAUAACAAAGAUAUCUAGAGUUACAAUGCUAAUAAAGAGUACUGGAAGGGAGAGAAAAAACAUAUGUUUCAGGGAUUAAACCAAUCUCUAUUAGGGCUCAGGAUGAGCCCUUCAUGGGCGCGGGGGGAGGAGGUCACCCCACAUUUGCCUAUUGUGGAGUUUCUUGCACCUUCCUCUGAAGCAUCCCUUGCUUGCCACUGUUGGAGGCAGGAUACUGGACUAUAAAGAUCAUGGGUCUGGACCAGUAUGACUGUCCUAGGAAAAGAAUUCCACGUACCUCCAGUGGGCUUUGGAUCAGACGCUAAGGUAGAACACGCUUUCACCUGUCCGUGAACUGGACAGGAAGUUUGGAGAUGAGUAAGAGCUAGGCCUUUGGCCUCCGAUCCUGUGACCACUUACACAUAUGCUUAAAUUUACACGCAGCAGGAGGAGGCGACUGAUUUCACUGGGCCACCUCCCAUGCAGAAAGUUAAGCACGUGUAUAAGCUUUUGUAGAACCAGAGGGCUGUAUUUGGAAGGCAGACGUAGUUAGCAUGAUAAAGGAAAAUAAAACUCCAGUUAUCUCCUGAAAAUAACACAGUUAAAGGUCCUAGUUCAAGGAGAGAGGUUUAUAAAACCAUUAAUUUUAACCAUUUCUUUCUUUUAAAGAGGUCCAAAAAAAAAAAUCUCAACUUUUCACAUCACUAGUUGUUUUUGCUUUUUAUCUUGAAGCUUCCUAGAAUACUUUUGCUUUCACGCUCACGUUAGUGUUAGAAUUAAUAAAAUAUAAAUCAGACAUUGCAGGGUUUUUAAAACAAAUUUCUCAUUGCAAACCCUUUUCUUCUUGUAAAGAUGUUCCAGUUGUUCUGAACUGCUUUUUCUUUGCUUUGCUUUGCUUUUUGUUUCUAAUGGAUUCCAAUUAUAAAACCUAAAAGACUCUGCUGUGACUUGGUUUUGAAACUUUAAGCUUUUCUGCUUCUGUAAAGACAAAGGCCUAUGUCUUUUUGACCCCAACUGAAACUUUUAUGUUCUAUAAUGUUACUAACAAGGUGUAGGUUUUACAGUCUCCUGAUUUGUACUGGUAAUGCAUAUUCCAAAUAAAUAGUUUCUUUUGUUGCAAA